AUGCCUGACGUACUUCCUGACCCCGACGUCAUCCGGUACCCCCUUCACGAUGCCAAUUUAAUUCUCUCGGUAUCGGAGGACCCAUUGUCACCCCAGACCGGUGUGAAGGCCCCUCUGGACAUCUACUGCGAAAAUUUCAAGUUGGACAAGAGCAUCUCGUCCACAAACACGAGUGAUGAUGCGCCAGCUCGUUUCGGGAUCUUCACCCGCAACCUCUUGGGUCUUGAAAACGUCGCCAAACCUCUUUCCAUCUCCCUCUCGGGGGCAGACGGUACAGAUAAAGAUAAUCCCAAUGGUCACAAAGGUGGCGUCAUCGACAUGUACGUCGAGGAUCUAUCACUAGCUACCGCUCGGGGACUUAGCAUCCAAGCUCGUGGCGGUAGGGGUUAUACGCCCUUGGACAAAUUAGAUGCCAAGGUAGGUGAAAAUGGAGGUAAUGGAGGCGACGGGGGUCGGGUCUGGGCAGUUGUCGGGGGAGAGGUUUCCAACAACGCCCUGAUCGCGGAUCGCAUCCUGGAUCACCUUGCAGAUGCUCAAAAGAAGUGGCCGGCAGAUUUCACGAACGACAUAGCGGAGUUCGUUCGUCUCGUGGAGCAGAAGGAGGUGAAGCCCGUGUACGUACCGCCGAGUAACAUGAAGACGGCGGAAGAGAUUCGAAAAGUCCAGCUGUAUUCGUUUCGAACUCAAGUGAGAAGACUCCGGCGAGUGCUGGGGCCUGCGGUUGAUAACUUGCAUAUCGCGCUGAGCAAUGCCAUCGAUGUCCACGGAGGCCUGUAUGGCACCGGUUCCCUGGGCUCCGAGAAGCCCGGCAAGAGUGGACACCAAGGGAAGGACCAGAAGCCAAUCAUCGCAUCUACUGUUGAUGUUGAUGCUCUCCUCCAUACUAAGGUGUGUUACGUGCAUCCGAUCCAGUGCCGUAUGUUACUGGACAAGGCCAAACAGUUGUUCUGGUCUGGAUCAUUGGAGAACAAAGCACGGAGCGCUACUAUCCUGCAGCGCCUGCAGAAAAGACUGGAACCGUUUCUGAUGAUCCCCGGCCCAUCAUCAUCAUCAUUGACCCAGUUGCCCUUGGUGCAGGCGUACCGCGAAGCUGAGUCCCGCCUGUGCAUUGUUAGCGACAAAAAGAGUGCCAUUCCGGUUUCGAUAAAACGCCUGACGACUCUCACAUCCGAGGCUGAGAUGACUUUGAAGCAUAUUAUGUCUGGCGUGGACUUUUACGGAAAAAGGGCGGACGAGGUCCCUCGGGGCUCUUUUACUUGGUAUCAUAACAUUGCCGAGUAUUUCCUGGGUCAGUUGGAGUUCGUUGAAAACACAUACAAGGACUGGUUCAAUAAUGGAAACGAUGCCUCUGCACGGCUGAAUGCAAUAAAGAACCGGGGCAAAUUAUGUGAUACAAAAACUGAGCUGAAGACUCGCCUCAUUAAGGAGGCUAUUGUUGAUCUGGACAUCAGUGCGUCGACAAUUGACAGUCUGACAGAGACAUUCCCAGCAGCCAGGCAGGCCGUGCUGGACGAGGCUGCAAAGGUCGCUCAGAAAAUCAAGGAGAAAUUCACUGUUUCUUUUGACGACCUAGUCUCUUCACUAAGCCAAGUGCUGUUCGUCCAUGGAGGCCCCGCCAUCCUCUCCAUGGCCGCCUUGCAGACCACCAGCCUGGUCGACAAAGGCUUGAACAAAAUCGAAAAGGACGAUGGAAUACAAAUCCCCAAGACCUACCUGCUCUCCAAACUGCACCGCAUUAGUGGGUCCUUCGAAAGUCUUGCCGAGGGAUACAAAGUCCUGAAUGGCAAAGUUCAACUAACAGAUCCCGGUGCCGAAAAACUAUUUGCAGCCGAAACUGAGUUGGAGAAAUUGCUGGAUGCCUUUGAGGUUGCGCUCGGUGAUGACAUCCUGAAGGGCGUGAAGCAGAAAUUCCAAAAGUAUAUUGGGAUUGUUCUGCAACGCAAUUCGGCGGUGGUGAGAUACAAUUCCGACCUGACGUUGUUGGUUCAGUACCACCGUGAAUUAGAAUCGCUCGCAGUCGAGAAGGACGAUAUCGUGCGCAAGGAAUAUGAGAAUCUGGGUGCUGACCACCCGUCUAUGACUGCCUUUAUGAAGAACACGAACCAGGACGCCGUCCAGACAGCGCAACUGUGGCUCUACAAGCAAGAACGAGCGUACAGCUUCCUUGCCCUCCGCGAUGCCCACAUCAUCGGAGAUGCUCUCAAGGGUGUCCCCGUUUCUCAGUACAAUGUCACUCAUCUCCGAAAGGCACAAGCGGCCCUAUAUCAAUACUACAAUGCGGUAUAUAAGGAGAAGAAGGGCCAGCCACCGCAGACUCAUUUCGGGGCCAAGUUUUCGCUUGAGAAGGAUGAUGUCGAUGAUAUCAAAGAGAGUGGGAAAAAGGGCAUCAUGCUCCUCGUCGACGUGCCUCCAACCGCGGACACAUUCCGUGGCAAGGCGGACGUCCGACUUACCAAGGUCCGGUUUUUUGCACCGGGGGCGAAAACGGACAACCACCGACUCGAGGUCAAGCUAACACACACUGGGAAGGAGACCGUUGUGAACAAUCGCCUGAAGCGAUUCUCCUUCACACAUGAUCCGCUCAAGGUCACCUUCCGAUAUAAUACGGAGACCAACAAGGUCCACGGGGAUGACGUCGUGGACGGCAACAUUGCCUGGCCGACGGAGAAUGAUUUUGCCCUGCCAGGGCCCUUUACUCGGUGGAAGAUUGAGAUCCGGAACGCAGUGAACAAGAAUAUGGAUCUUUCUGGCGUCCAGUCGCCAUAUCUGGAAUUUGAUUACCAGUUCGAGAGUGUUUAA